AUGGCAGCAACUGUGGCCAGUAGCUCUGAACGAUUUCUUUGCAUUUAUCCAGCUUAUCUGAACAGUAAAAAAACUCUGGCUGAAGGUCGACGAAUUCCAAAGAAAAGUGCAUGUGAAAAUCCAACUUUCGGAGAAAUUAAAGACGUUUGCAUCGCUGCAGGCCUCAAACCUUUGGUUGAAAACAAAUUUUAUCCUCGUGAGCUUUAUAAAAGUGAUGCUGCCUCAAGAGGAAGAGUGAGAGUGCAGUUAAAGAACGAAGACGGUUCUCUGGUUGAUCCUCGUUUUCCCAACAAGAAAACAUUGCUUCUACAUGUUGGAGAAAUGAUUCCGAAGUUAAAAGCUCGCACUAGCAAAGGAGGGUCGGGAGAUGGGUCUCAAACAUCCAGUCAGGCCGGACCAAAGUCGAAAAAACAGAAAAAGCGAAGAUGA